AUGUGGGCUAAAGAAGUCGAGCGUUACUCCACUAAUCAAGAUUGUGUCAAGAUGCUCAUUGGAAAUAAAGUUGAUAAAGAUUUAGAAAGAUUUGUAAGCAAGGAAGAAGGUGUUGCUCUUGCGAAAGAACUUGGAUGUUUAUUUUAUGAGUGUAGUGCAACAACUCUAGAAAAUGUACACAAAUGCUUCGAGGAGAUUGCAUUGAAGAUAAUGGAAGUUCCUAGUCUUGUUGAAGAAGGGUCUACAAUAGUGACAAAGAAUUUACUAAAGCCCAAGUCUGAAGAUCAAACAACAACUAUGGACAGCUUUUCGUGUGUUGUCGUAAAAGAAAAAGAAGAUGAUGAUGAUUUAGAGGUAGUGAAAGAAAGAUUUAGGACAUUGACAAGCUCUUACUACAGAGGUGCUCAAGGCAUCAUUCUUGUGUAUGAUGUUACAAGAAGAGAUACAUUCACAAGCUUGUUAGACAUGUGGGCUAAAGAAGUCGAGCGUUACUCCACUAAUCAAGAUUGUGUCAAGAUGCUCAUUGGAAAUAAAGUUGAUAAAGAUUUAGAAAGAUUUGUAAGCAAGGAAGAAGGUGUUGCUCUUGCGAAAGAACUUGGAUGUUUAUUUUAUGAGUGUAGUGCAACAACUCUAGAAAAUGUACACAAAUGCUUCGAGGAGAUUGCAUUGAAGGGAAAUUUAGAGAAAAUUUUAGUUUCGUGUGUUGUUGUAAAAGAAAAAGAAGAUGACGAUGAUUCAGAGAACUUCACGUGCCCUUUCACAAUAUCAUAA